GAGCGAGAGCGGUAGCUGUGUGAGGCGGCGGGGCUGCAGGUGAGCGGAGCCGCGAUGGGCAGCUGGCGCACGCUGGUCGCGCUGGGCGCGCUGCUGGCGGCCGCGCGCGCCUACCUCGUGCUCGUGCCCGACUCCGCGCCCGCCGGCCACGUCGUGCUCGACGCCGCCGUCUACAAGCUCGGCUCCGAGCGCGUCUACACCAUCGACGUGCACCGCACCGCCAACUUCGUGCACCACGUGCUCCGCGUCAACCGCACAACCGGCCUCGUCACGCUCCGCAAGAGGCUGCGGUGCGAUGGCGUCCUCUACCCUAACCUCUUCACUUUUUACGUCGACUCCACUUCCGAAAGAAUCCGUGACAUCGACUACUACAGUUUGCCUGUCAGAAUCCUAGUCACAGGUGAAGAUUGUAGUCGAAGGCAUGCUGAGCUGUACGACAUCGAUUUCGAUCGAGUCUACGAUCAGAGUGACUCCGCUUUACAGUACGAAGAUGAAACGGUCACGAGAGACAAAAGAGCAGUGGCUUAUCCAGAAGAUAUAGACUGGAGGUUACUAGAGGGAGAGGAGCUGAUAUCUAGUCAAUACAAUGUUUUAUCUACGGCCUACCCGUGGUCGAACGUUAUGUUCGAGGACUUUGCUAGUAGAAAUAAAAGUAGAAAGAAAAGAUCUCAUUUCGCUGUACCAUUCGACAUGGCCAUAGAUGUAAAAAUAGCUGAAGCCAAGCAGUGGAUAUCUGAAACGUACGCCAGCUUCGCUAUACCGACUACAGAUCGGUGGCAAGGUAUAUGCCUGAAGAAGUCUCAGUUCGUGAAUUCACUGACAGCAUUCUUGCCACGGACAGUGCAGAAAAUGUGUAACGUUCAGUUCUUGGACGCUAGUGACCCUCGGUUCGUGAUCGAGAAUAGCCAGGGUGACCUGGUGGCGCGUAACGACGAGUGCAUAAUGGAGCCUAUGUGGAAAGUGUCUGUGCUGUUUACGUUUAACUGUAACCGGACUAACAUUGUGGAUUCGGACCAUAGGCUGAAGAUAGUUUACCACCACCAGGAGUUGAAUGACACUGAUAUCGCGAGGAGAGUGAAGCGAGAGCUACGGAACCAGUCGCCGUACUUCGAGCAGGCUCUGUACGUGGCCUCGGUGGCCGAGGAGCAACCGACUGGCGUCGUCGUCACCACUGUGAGAGCAAGGGACCCAGAAAACAGUCCAGUGACGUACUCCAUGUCCAGCCUGCUGGACUCCCGAUCGGCUGGCAUGUUCACGGUCGAUGCACGGUCAGGGGUCAUCACUACUCAAGCAAAAUUGGACAGGGAGCGGCUAGAUGUGCACUACUUCAGAGUUGUGGCACAAGAUGAUACGUUCCCGCCAAGGAGUGGCACUACAACGCUUCAGAUCAACGUUCUGGACUGCAAUGACCACGCGCCGGUAUUCGAGAUGCAGCAGUACGAGGCCUCGGUCAGAGAGGGCGCCAGUCCCGGCACAACAGUUCUGACGCUGAAGGCGGCUGAUCAGGAUAUCGGGAAAAAUGCCGAGGUGGAAUACUCGAUAGAGUCCGUGACAGCCGACCAAUCAGACGACUCGAACGACUCCAUUGACACAGAGCGUUCGGAAGAGGUCUUCAGAGUAGACGGCCGAAGUGGGGCCCUUCUUACACGAUCCCCGCUGGAUCGAGAGAAAGUGUCGAGAUACACGGUCAUAGUGAAGGCCACAGAUCAAGCCAGCCCUGUGUCUGAUAGAUUGUCUAGCACUGCGACAGUGCACGUGAACGUGCUGGACGAUAACGACAACUACCCGCAGUUCAGUGAGAAGACUUACACUGUCACCGUGGAUGAGGACAUCAAUGUCAGCGACAACCCGGUUAUCGCGAGGAUCAAAGCAACUGACGCGGACGCGGGUUCAAACGCAGCGAUUCGCUACGCCAUCAUCGGAGGCAACACACAAAUGCAGUUCUCCAUAGACAGUCUGAGCGGAGAUGUGUCACUUGUCAAGCCUCUGGACUAUGAGCAGUUGAGGAACUACCGUCUGGUCAUCAGGGCUCAAGAUGGCGGUAGCCCUUCCCGAUCAAACACGACGCAGCUGCUCGUGAACGUCAAAGAUGUGAACGACAACUCGCCUCGAUUCUACACCUCGCUCUUUCAAGAGUCUGUCAGCGAGAACGUUCCAUCCGGCUACAGCAUCGUUAGGGUUCAAGCGUACGACGCAGACGAAGGCGUUAAUUCGGAACUGACGUACACUUUGAUCGACAAAGAGUUCGGCCGCGCUGAGAUACCUAUCACCAUAGACCCUCGCUCUGGCUGGGUGUACACCAACGGCUUGUUAGACAGGGAGGUGCAAUCCAAGUACCAGCUGCAAGUAACAGCGACUGACGGCGGCACUCCACCACGCUCCGCUACUGCGUCAGUUGUCGUAGUUGUCCAAGAUGUUAACGACAACGACCCAGUGUUCUCACCAGCCCAGUAUGACGUGCAGUUAGCGGAAGACGAACCACCAGGAACGCCACGCGUAGUUACUGUUACUGCUACGGACGCUGAUGAAGACAAUAGGCUGCACUACGAAAUCACCGGCGGCAACACUCGCGGCCGCUUCGCCAUAACCUCUCAAAACGGACGCGGCCUCAUCACCGUAGCUCAACCGUUAGACUUCAAACAAGAACGAAGAUACGUCCUUACAGUUACUGCUACGGACAAUGGCGGCAGAUCAGACACUGCCAUGGUCCAUAUCAAUAUCACUGAUGCGAAUAACUACGCGCCUGUGUUUGAGAAUGCACCGUACACCGCCUCGGUAUUCGAAGACGCCCCGAUCGGCACCACAGUGCUAGUCGUAUCUGCGACGGACAGUGACGUGGGCGUCAACGCGCAGGUGUCGUACAGCCUGAGCUCCGAGAUCUCCAACGAGGCCGUGGCGCACCACGACCAGGAGUUCGUCAUCAACUCGCAAACCGGAGCCAUCACCACCAACAACUUGUUGGACAGAGAAACUAUGAGCGGAUACCUUCUCACAGUAACAGCGCGUGACGGAGGCGUGCCGUCCCUGUCGGACACAACGGACAUAGAGAUAUCCGUCGUGGAUGUCAACGAUAAUGAACCGAUAUUCAAGCAACAACUUUACACUGCCAGCAUCAUGGAAGACGCCUUAGUUGGCACUUCAGUAACCCAGGUAGCAGCAACAGACGCGGACGUCGGUUUGAACGGGCGCGUGCAUUACGAACUGGACCCUAAGGACAGGGAGGAAGGCUCGUUCGUGGUCGACCCCGCCUCGGGGGUCAUUCGAACGAAUAAGGCUUUGGAUAGAGAGUCGGUGGCUACUUACGAUCUCAAGGCGCUGGCGAUAGAUGGCGGCACACCGCCGCAAAGCUCUACGGUUAUUGUCCACAUAAAGGUUGAAGAUAUUAACGACUCACCGCCCGUCUUUGAGAGCGACUGCCUGACGUUCUAUGUGCCAGAGAAUAGUCCUAUUGGGACUACGGUGGGCGAGAUCUAUGCGCGCGACCCUGAUGAAGGACCUAAUGCUGUCGUGCAUUAUUCUAUUAAAGGUGGCGACGACUCCAGCAGUUUCUCCCUCGAAACCCGUCAAGGCUCUGACAAAGCGGAACUAGUCACAAUGGUGGUUGACUACGAGAGUCCGCGCAAGAAGUACGAGCUCAUCAUCCGAGCGGCCAGCCCGCCGCUGUGGAAUGACGUCAGAGUGGAGAUACUGGUCACGGAUGUGAACGACAACGCGCCAAUGAUGAAGGACUUCCAGAUUAUAUUCAAUAACUAUAAGGACUGCUUCCCUGUGGGGCCGUUUGGAAGAGUGCCGGCGUAUGACGCUGACGUCACAGAUAAGCUCCAAUACCGUAUACUAUCUGGGAACAACGCAAACCUGGUACUGUUAAAUGAAACCACUGGCUCCAUGACGCUGUCGCCUCAACUCAACACCAACGUGCCAAAACUGGCAACUAUGGAGAUAUCUGUAACGGAUGGCGUCAACGAAAUAAAAGCAAUGAUGCAACUCUCCGUCCGGCUAGUCACCGAAGAGAUGCUAUUCAACUCGAUCACAAUCCGUCUCAACGACAUGACGGCCGAACGAUUCCUGUCGCCAUUGUUGGGCUUCUUCAUAGACGGCCUGGCUGCUAUCAUACCUUGCCCUAAGGAGAACAUCUAUAUCUUCAGUAUACAGGACGACACGGACGUGCACGGCAACAUCCUGAACGUGUCGUUCUCAGCGCGGCGGCCGCAAGCCGAGCUCGGUAUAGACGGGCACAGCGCGCACUACUCGCCCACACACCUGCGCGAGCGCGUCUACCUGCACCGAGCCACGCUCGCCAGGCUCGCCACUGUACAAGUUCUGCCAUUCGACGACAACGUAUGCGUCCACGAGCCGUGCCUGAACUACGAAGAGUGCCUGACGGUGCUCAAGUUUGGCAACGCGUCUGGGUUCAUCGCAAGCGACUCGGUGCUGUUCCGGCCCAUCUACCCCGUCACCACGUUCACGUGCCAGUGCCCGCAGGGGUUCACAGGGUCCCGGGAACAUUACAUGUGCGACACGGAGGUGGACUUGUGCUACUCGUCGCCGUGUACCAACAACGGAACAUGCAUUCGUCGCGAGGGUGGAUACACUUGUGUCUGCGCUCCUGGUUUUACUGGUGUGAACUGCGAGACGAUCCUAACCAAAGCCUCCUGCGACCUAAACGGUGACGGCACCGUCUGCCGCGGCGGCUCGCAAUGUGUGCCCAAGCGGGAAGGCGGAAUCCUCUGCCAGGGCUGCACUAUCGACGCAGCUUACACGACUGCCAUGUGCGAACUGAGGGCUCGGAGCUUCCCGCAAUCUUCGUUCUUGACGUUCCCUGGGCUGAAGAGGCGGCAUCGAGUGCAUUUGAAACUGAAAUUCGCAACGCAAGGCACAUCUGGCUUACUUCUUUACAACGGUCGAUACAACGAGCGACACGACUUCGUCGCCCUCGAGCUUAUCAAUAGCGGCGCGGGUCGCGCUGGCGGGGCGGGUGUACGCUUCACGUUCGCUCUCGGCGGAGGGAAGACAGAGGUGACCGUGGCCGGAGAGGUGGCCGAUGGCAUGUGGCACACUGUCGAGGUAGACUACUUCAAUAGGACGGCAACUCUAAUACUGGACGACUGCGAUAAGGACUUGUCCCUGGCUGGUGCCGCAGACUUCGACAUCAAAUACGCGUGCGCCAACCAGACCACCAAAAUACUACCUCCUCGCUGUGACAUUCCUACGGAAACGUGCCAUAGAUUCCUGGAUUUAACUGGGCCUCAAGUUGGCGGGCUGCCGAACAUUCCCAGCAGUUUCCAAGUGAAGAACAAGGACUUCGUCGGAUGCAUCUCUGAUUUCCACAUUGAUCAUCGAUUUAUCGACCUCAACAGUUUCGUAUCAGACAACGGCACCAUCGCCGGUUGUUCACAAAAACGGUCCCACUGCGACAACGGGCCCUGCCACAACGACGGUGUAUGCCGAGAUCUCUGGGACACGUAUCUCUGCGAGUGCACCGAGGGACACACCGGCAAGGACUGCUCUGAAACAACGGCACCGCCAUGGCGGUUCAGCGGUGAUGGCAUGUUGUCGUUCAACCCGCUGUUGCGGCCUAUACAGCUGCCGUGGCUCAACGCGUUAUCACUGCGAACAAGGCAACAGGACGCGUUUCUCAUGUCCAUACAAGUGGGACAGAACAGCUCCGUGUUCCUUAGUUUGAAAUCUGGCCUCCUCCACUACUCAUACAACGGGGAAACAAUGUUCCUCCCAACAACGACCUUGGCUGACGGCAACUGGCACCGCGUCGAGAUCACGUGGCUAGGAACCGAUAUCUCCGUCACCAUAGACUAUGGCCUCAGGACUGCGCUGCUGCCGAUGUUAGCUAAUAAAGUCCAGGGACAGUAUAUCGGGAAGAUCCUGAUUGGUGGGCCGGAUAGCACGGCUGGCUUGUUGGCUUCGGAUGUUGGAUACUUUGAAGGUUGCAUACAGGAUGUGAGAGUGGGGACCAAUCAAAACCUACUCAACCGACCCACUACGAUAGAGAACGUGAAGGAUGGAUGUCAGUCUAGAGCUGAUUGUAUGCUGUCUAUCUGUCCUCCUUAUAGCAAAUGCGAGUCAUCCUGGGACGCGACAACUUGCACAUGCUCCCGCGGGCGCUACGGACCUCAAUGUAUCGCCGCGUGCGACCUCCAUCCCUGUGGGGAUCACGCGCGCUGCGAGUCUGCGGACACUGAGAAAGGCUACCAAUGCGUCUGCGACGAGGGAUAUAUCCUCACAAGUUCCGGCUGCAUCGAGGAGGGGGUGGGCGAGUGUCCGGGCGGGUGGUGGGGCGCGGCGGCGUGCGGGCCGUGCGCCUGCGCCGUGGCGGCCGGCUACCACCCGCACUGCGACCGCGACUCCGGACACUGCCACUGCAAGGAAAACCACUACAAACUCCCUGGCUCCAACGAAUGCCUCCCAUGCCAGUGUUACGCAGCCGGCUCCGUCAACAGUUCUUGUGAAGCCGAGAGCGGCCAGUGCUACUGCCGCGGCGGGGUCAUAGGCCGCGCGUGUGAUUCCUGUGCCAACCUCUACGCUGAGGUGAAGCCAAACGCUGGCUGCGAAGUGGUAUACGACGGGUGCCCACGCUCGUUCUCUCACGGCGUCUGGUGGCCUCGGACCAAGUUCGGCAUAGAAGCUUACGCGGACUGCCCGCCGGGUACCAGUGGAAAAGCAACGCGCAUGUGCGACGAGACGCAAGUCGUGCCGUGGCAGGAGCCAGAUAUGUUCAACUGUACCACUUCCACAUUUUAUCAACUUCGGAAACAGCUAAGCAAGAUCGAAUCAGGCGAACUUCUGGUAAACACAUUCGUUGGCGUUCGUCUCGCGGAUGACUUGGCGUCCGCCUGCUCCAACACGCCCGUUCUGUACGGAGCUGAUGUGCUGGUUGCCGAGGGCAUUUUACUGGAGUUGCUGCGCUAUGAACUGCGGCAAGCGGGGUUGAAUCUUACGCAUAGUCAAGAUAAGGACUAUGUGCGAAACAUAAUGAAAUCCGCGAACACGAUACUGAACUUGAAGUACUUCGAAUGGCGCCGCAUCCGGCAGCUGACGGGACGCGGCGCGGAGCGGCUGCUGCAGACGUUAGACAAGUACAUCAGCGUACUUGCCGAGAGCCAGCACGACACCUACACCAGCCCCUUCGAGAUCGUCACCAGCAACCUCGUGAUCGGCGUGGACAUCGUAACCUCUGAGUCCAUCUACGGCUUCGAGCCCACGCAGCUGACACGCUUCACCUCCGAGGCCUACACCACCGAGAGAGUCGUGCUCCCCGACACAUCUGCUUUCAUACAUUCCCCCCUCACCGGGUACGGGAGGAAGGGGAAGAAACCCUCGAGCCCCACUGUCUCGUUCCCGAAGUACAACAACUAUGUGAAGACGAGAUCAAAGUUCGAUAAGUUUACGAGGAUACUGCUGCCGCUUGAUUUGUUGGGGAUUACUAAUAGCAAUGGACAAGACAACCCAGAACCCGAAUCUCGAGCCGUGUUCUCCUACUUCCAAUACUCACGGAACACCUCUCAACUCAUGCCUUUACGGACUGACGAUUCGGUCGGUCGUCGCUGGGGAGUGAACAUAACUAUAGGGUCGCCUAUACUGCAAGUCGCGCUGUUUGUACCUGAGUAUGUGUGGUACAGGGAGUCUAAGGAUGGAGACAAUGUGGUCGAUGUCAAUGUGGAGGAAGAAGGCAUAACAUACACCAACAAGGGCCACCACCACGUGUCGCAACCCCACAGCGACCCCAAAUGGCACUCCAACGAGCCCGAGAUCCAACACGAGGCCCACGGGCCCGUCCUCAUCCAGCCAGCCAUGAAAAAAGAAAAACAAUACGCUGACAACUUACAAGACAACGAGUCUACUUACGUCGCUGAGAAUCAAGAUGGGCCGAAAGUCUUAGCAUUGACCAUGGACCCUGAGUUCAAAGAUGAGAAUGUUACUAGAUUGGGAAAGAAGUUGAUAUACAAGAGUAUGGGCGGAAUUCGGCUGAAGAAACCGAUUCGGCUGCAGAUGUGGUUGGACAUUAAUAGGGAGACGUUUGGCUCGAGGACUAACCCGCAGUGUGUGCAUUGGUCUACAUUAAGAGGAGCGGGUGAAUGGUCACGCGUCGGAUGCCAUACAGAGAUCGAUUACGACUGGUCGCCAUACUCGAAUGAGCCCCUUCUCAUCAACUGCACAUGCAACCAUCUUUCCACCUUCGCUGUGCUAGUCGACGAAGUUGACAUCGAGUUCAUACCCGAACCUUCACUCCUGGAGUCCGUGACGUCAUACACAGCGUUCAGUAUCUCCCUCCCGCUUUUACUCGCGACGUGGGCUGCUCUCUGUCUCAUGCGCGGUGGCGCAGCUACCGUCUCCAACUCUAUACAUAAACACCUCAUAUUUAGUGUGUUUAUGGCUGAGCUGCUGUAUCUCAUUGCGUUGAAGGCUAGAAGCUCUUUGGUUCAGAAUGAGUUUGCCUGCAAAAUAAUCGCCAUGUCACUGCACUACUGGUGGGUAGCAGCACUAGCGUGGACCGCGUGCGACGCGUGGCAGCUACGACGGUUACUCAGAGAGCUGCGGGAUGUGAAUCAUGGAGGAUUGGCAGCACAUCUGGCUGCCGCGUAUGCUGCACCGGCGGUUAUCCUGGCGCUUUCCGCCUCUCAUCACCAACAGCAAUACGGCCACGCGCUUUUCUGCUGGGUGAGCUGCCACGAGCCAGUGGUGUGGUGGGUGGUGGUGCCGGCCGCCGUGUACGCCGGCGCCGCCGUGGCCAGCCUGGCCGGCGCCACGCGCGCCGCCUUCACCGUGCGAGACCACGUCACCGGCUUCGGCAACCUGAGGAUGCUGCUAGCCGUCAGCGUGGUAUGCCUGCCACUGCUCUGCAUGGCGUGGGCAAGUGGCCUGAUCCUCGGCAGCGAGGCGGGCUCCCGUCGCAACUUGCUGAGCUCCGUACUAGCCGGCUGUGUCGUGCUUCACGCCGCCGCCGCGUCGCUUGGCUAUAUUGCUUUCAACGUUCGCGUGCGCGACAACCUCAGAAGAACAAUGCUACGAUGCAUGGGCAAGAAAGUACCUUUGGCUGACACUUCAGUUAUAGUCAGCAGCAGUGCUCAGAAUUUGUCAACUAACAGGUCCGCAUUGGCGUAUCACAGUGGGACAGAACCAGGACGCCAGUUGAGAAACAUCGGAAUAUCUGCUUCUUCAACAACAUCCAGGUCGACAACGAAAACUAGCUCCAGUCCUUACAGCCGAAGUGACGGUCAACUUCGUCAUACAAGCACUUCGACGUCCAACUACAACACAAGUGCAAGUGACAUGCCUGCGUACCUUAGAGGAUUUGAUUCAUCCCUACAUACGCGCAGAGGUGAUGAGAGUCGCCGUCGGCGUCGAGCGCCCACAGGUGCAGAAGGCGAAGGUUCGGACAGCGAUAGCGACGGCAGCGCGCGAAGCCUGGACCUCGCCUCCAGCCACUCCUCUGAUGACGACGAGACCAGCACGCGUCGCUCCGAGCAACCUUCUAACCCUAGAGACUGCGCUCCGAGCACUAACGGCGGGAGCUACUUACCGAAUAUCACUGAAGGUGCACCUUUAGGCAUCUCGCCCAGAUGGCCUUCACACAUACGCGAAGAACCAAACCGUCCCGAUAUCCGAUGGUCUGGCGAACCUGGCUCAGACACGGAGGGCCCGCUAGCCUCCCCCUCGCCGAACCCGCUCCCCGUGCCCGACCUCACCUCGGACGUGUACCAGCUGAGUCGGCGGCGGGUCAAGCCUUCCAUACUCGAGAACGUGCACGACACAUAUGUGGCCAGUGUCGACGCCUCCAGACUGCCUCUCGACAACAGAUAUGGAGUCAUGGAAGACGAGCUUAUGUACGGCAUGAUGUCAACCGACACUGAAAAACAAGUUCCCUACGACCCGAACUACCCGAUAUCGCCCACCAUGUACCGACUACCCGGUAACCCGUACGGCUCCAAAACCUACCUCUCGUCCCGCACUUCUGACUACGGCUACAGCCCUACCAAAUAUCUAAACACUGACAAUGUCUACGGAUCCAGAGACUUGGUGACCACUAGAGAACACGACGGCUACCCGCCUAGGGACUUCAGAGACUCUGGCAUAGCCACUAUGCUCAAGAAUGAUUAUCAGAGGAAAAUGGAGUAUGGAGAGUAUAACGACAGGAUGUCUGAAGGAUCAGAUAAACAUCACCCGCACGACAAAUACUUGUUCCCUUUCACAGCGGAGGAAGACCACACUAGCUUGCGCGGAGUGGCGCCACCGUCGGGCCGUAGUAGCGAUGCACACCCAGGAGAAGGCCAGCAGACAAUAGGAGCGCCUUUAGCGAGCAUGGGAGAAACAAGCGAGAAAUCUACUACUGAAGAUGACGCAGAAACAAGAGUUUAAAGACAACACUAUAGUACAAGAUUUCCAAUGAAUCUCAAUUAGUUUAUAAUUUUUAACGUGGUACUGUUUUACGUACGCUGUUAGUUAUAAUUUUAAUAAGACUGUCGUAAACAAUCUAAACAUAAUUUUAGACGCCACUGCCAUAGUGUAGACUAACGGCUAUUUAUUUUAAUUAACAAUUCACUUAGACUAAUUUAAGUAAGUUUAAUCACAAAUACUCCGAUCGUUUUUGUAAAAUACUCAGUUAAGCGCUCGCCUGCAUUUUGUAUGUAUGAAGGUGAAGGUGUCUGAAAGACAAUUAUUAGAGAAAUAUUGAAAACCUGGUUCUCUGACAGACCUGUUCCUAAAUGGACUUGGGACAUAUGUUUUAAUGGUAGAAUAUGUAUAUUCUGUCUGUCUGUCUGUCGAUAUUGCAUAAAUGCGCCCAAGAAACCACAUUUUUUAUAAUCAUAUUUUCAAUAUUUUUGUCUGAAAAUGCUGAGGGAUUGUGGGGCUGACGGGAUUUGUGCAAAAUGUAAGUUUUUAACUCACUAGGAUCUCGUUUACAGUGUGUAAGCUAGUGGGGUACUUUAGAUGAAGAAUAUUUUGAAUAAUUUGAUGAAAUCCACAGGUUUUUACAUUAUUGAACAGUAGUGACAUCUCUAUUUUAGUCUUGUAAAUAAAAUAAGUGUUAUGGUAAAAUUAUGCAAGUUGUAUUGAAAAUAUUGCAAUCUUAAUGUAAACAAUGAACAAACUACGACAUUUUCAUUUGAAUUUAAAAUCAAGCGAAUGGCGUUGCUGUGACUUCACGAGUCACCAGUGUGGUUUUUAUAUAUAAGUAAAUAAAAUACAUAUUACUCUAGAUUGCAAGGACAGAGGCGCCCUCUGAGUAGUGAAGUUAUUAAACUAUCACGGGUUUUUAAAAUAUCUAGAGUUAUAGUUUAGGAAUAGUUAUGAAAUAAUAAUGUAUUUUUAUAUAAGAAACCAAAUCUAUUAUAAAUUAGGUUAUAGUUAUGAUAAUUUCAAUGCAGUAAAAUAAAUUAGGCAACAACUUGUGUACCUACCUAUGUAGAUGGCAAAUUAAUUACAGUAGGUAUGUUUUAAUAACCUAGUGUGAUAGUGAAUGAAUACUUGGAUUUGAUGUAAAUAUUGGUUUGUGUGAAUUUGGAACGUUUUACGAAGAGUCCACCUAUUUUGUAAAUAAUAAAUAGAUUUUUACACUUUGUAGCAUUUUAUUAGUAAUAGUUAAAUGUUGAAAAAAGCUUUAUUUAGGUAUUUUCUAAUGUAUAAUUGCCAUAAAUGUAACUUAUAAGUUUGUAGUGCACAGUGUUUCAUGUAGUCCGGCAAUGACUUGUAGAAUGUUUGAUAUGUAAGAAUUUUUCCUGUCUUUGUAUCAAGUAACAAGUAUGUCCACUUGAAUGUCCUUUUGCAUAGUUUAAGUAGCGUAUUUUCGCAUAAAACCAGCGUGACUCAGGAGACUGUAACCAUGGCAAUAACAGACAAGAAAAAGUUGAUUCACCCUUAUAGUUAUAACUCUUGUUAUCACCUUUGAUCACUAUGGUCAGUGAAAGGUGAUACGUAUAACAAGAGUUAUAUAUGUAUGUUACCUACAGGUUGUUUGGCAUUUGGGAACAGGCAUUAUGACAUUUAUGACGUAAAAAUCCGAAGAUGGGUACCUAUUAUAGAUACCUCUUUUUAGUAUAAACAUCCUGUUUGCGGUAUUAUUUUUAUAAUGGUACCUAAACGUUUCCUUGUGUACAAAAUCACAAUAAUCACCAGAAGAAAAUGGUGAGUAUUGGAUACCUAAAAAUGGACAACGUUCUAAUAUUACCUACCUAAGUACCUACUAAUAAAAUUUUAAAAAUAAUGUCAUUUUACGCUUGGCUAAAAAAAGAGUAGAAAUUAAAAAUCGUCGUGUCGUCCCUUUCGAAUCAAUAUGUGUGAUUAAACAGGACGGCACUAUGAUGUGACUUAUAAUUUUUUUUUUGCCCGUUUGUAGUAGGUACAGUCAACCAAUUGGAACCCUAGGCAACUGUAGGACUAUGUCAUAGUAACGCUAUAAAUCAGAUUGUAAGAAAUCUCUACUGCUUGUCAUUUUGACAUGGUUGUAGAGUGGUCUAGGGCUCCAAUUGGUUUACUGUACCUAAUUAUGUAUCAACCUGCUCAAAUAUACGCGGAAAGGUACAUCGUUAGACUUAGUGUUCAAUACAUUACAAGUGGAUUGCUUGUUUCACAUGUUUCCCUCGUGACAAUUUAUUUAUAUGCUUUAUGUGGUAGACGAUAAGCUCCAAAAUUAAUUUUGAUAUCUUUUUUAUAUCACAUAACUUUACAAUUUUUAGCUCAUUUAGAAUUUACACAUUCCAGUUUUGUGAUAUCUAUUUCGCACUUAAUUUAUUAUAACACAUACAAGUAUUUUAUAAAAAGGUACAAACAUCGCAUCCGAAUAAAAUUGUUUUAUAUGAAAAUAAAAUAUUUUAUUGCUAAAGCAA